CCACCACUUCAGCCGAUUCCAGCCUACCUUCCUACAGUAUCUCGCACGCACUCGCUGGGUGAAGACGUGUGGCCGCCAGCCCUCUCACUCCUCGCUCACUCACAGUCUCCUCCCUCCGUGAGCCGUGACCGCAGAGUGAAAGUGAAGACCACGGACGCGACGAAACAGUCUGCAGCGCCCUCCAGAAAUGGCAGCAGGAGCGAUGACGAUGACUGUGGGCGCGGUGGUCCUCCUGGCGGCGAUGGUGACGCUCUCGUCCGCCACAGAGUUCGCCCAGCAACUCCGGAAAUGCCGCGUGGACAACAAGGAGAAGCUCAACUCUUGCCUCAACCAGACCCUUCAUGACCUGCGACCUUUCCUGCCCACCGGCAUCCCCGAGCUGUCCCUGCCGCCGCUCGAGCCCAUGCAAAUCCCCUCCAUUGAGUUCCGCCAAGGCCAGGGCGCUGUCACCAUCAAGUCCACCUUCACCCAAGUCAAGGUCACCGGCCUCUCCAACUACAGCACCACCUCCAUCAACGCCGAUCCCGUGCAGCAGGUGCUUACAGUGGGUCUCCACGUCCCCGAGAUGAUGAUAACUGGCUUGUACAAGCUCGACGGGCGGCUCUUCCUCUUCCCCGUGCGUGGUUCCGGAGACUUCUGGGCCAACUUCAAGGGCGUGGACGCGACGGGCACCAGCCAGCUGAGUGUGGAGACGCAGGCUGACGGGUCUGACAGGCUGCGCGUCACCAACACCGACAUAGACUUCACUAUUGAGCACCUCAGGAUGCACCUCAGCGACCUCUUCAACGGCGACCCACUCCUCGGUCGCGCCGUGAACCGCUUCAUCAACGACAACGGGCGGGAAAUCCUGCGGGAGGUGAAGCCGCAAGUGGUGGUCAGGCUGAACGACAUGGUGCAAAAGGUGAUGAACGACGCUCUCUCGCAGCUGCCUGUCAGCGCCUUCCUCGUCGCCUAAUCACCUUCGCCCCACGUCCUUGAGCCGCCCGUCGGCUCUUGCCUCCCUCAGGAUGGCUCACCGGACCUCAGUCGCCUACGAAUGAAUGACACCAAACUAUGGUUGUAGAAUUUUCUCUCCAGGAUAGAUGUCAAUGGUGUACGUCUCCCAGCACCGAGAGGAGGCACUUGUCACUCGUCACUGCCGGAUGACCGUCUGUCAUCUCGCGGGUGCGUGGCUGCCUGUCUCGCCCUUAUUAAUAAACAGCAUUCGUGCAAUGUGGUGCGGUGAACAGUGACCAUUACACCAAAGAGGUUCUCAGCCUGUUUUCUAUUGUCUUUUUGAUAUUUUUGGAUACCAAACAAAAUGCUUUGAUAUUUUUGAAUACCAUACAAAAUGCGAGUCACUUUUUAAACACUACGGUUGUUCUGUUGUUUUAUCUAUACAAAGCAAGCUAAUAGUAAAUAUGGAGUGCG